AAGAGAGAUAGAGGGGCUCAUUCUAACAUUAACAAGCCUGCUGAGUCUGAUUUAGAAUUUCUAAAGGAGAUUUUCACAGAUUUACGACGGAUUCAAGAAGCAAGCAGUGAAGAGACACAGAAUGGGUGUUCAGGCGGCGUUCAUCGUCCUUCUCAUGUUUGUAGCCGCUGUGGAGGCUCAAAAAGGAGGAGUCACAGUCUGGAGAGGCAAUGUCACUAUGACCUGUCCAGAAAAAGGAAAAUGGUCAGAUGGAAAACAAAUCAUUAAAAAUGAUUCAAACACUCUUGAAGUUGAGUUCAAAGGCGUAGCUCAAUACGUCUGUGUAUACAAAGAAGGUGACACAGAAAAAAUAUAUUCGUUCUACGUAAGAGGGAAAGCCUGUAAAAACUGCUAUGAGGUGGACGGAUAUCUCUUCUUGCUGGUGAUCCUCGUGGAUGUGAUCGUGACCGCAGUUGUCAUGAGGAUGGUCUACGUUUGCUUCAAGAAGAAACAACCAGAUGUGAUCUAUGAUGCACCUCCCAGAGUACGUAGAAGUCGGCCUCGACAGGAGCAAUCUUCUGCCUAUGAGUCGCUGAAUCCAAGCACUCAAGCAACGGAAACGUACUCUGCUGUGGCCGUGCUCGUCGUCGUCCUCAUGUUCGCAACCACUGUGAAGAUGGAUGAAGCAAAAGUUGAUUUCUGGAGAAAGGAUGUAACAGUAAAGUGUCCAAAUGAUGCGGAUCUUUAUAAAUCUAAUGAAAAAGUUGAUAAUAAAUUUGAAUAUAACGAACAAAUCCAACUCGAAUGUAAAGAUUCUCCAAAACCAUAUCUCAUCUUCAUCAAAGGAAGAGCCUGUGAGAACUGCUUUGAACUGGACGGUCAGAUCUUCAUCAUCAUCAUCAUUGGGGAUCUGAUUGGGACAGGAGUUGUGAUCCUGAUAAUCUACAGGUGCUCCAAGAAGAAAAGCCAAUCACAAACAAACAAACCAGACAAACCAUCCAAACCCACUAAACCAACUUCCAGACAAGGAGGCCGGGCUCCACCUGUCCCAGGUCCUGACUAUGAGUCGCUCAACAUUCAUACCAUGUCGGAUACUUAUUCAACUAUGAACAACAGUGCAGUCACCAGGACGGGAUAGAAACAUAUCCUCGGCGGCAACAUCAACAAAAGCAGGAGAGAAUCAAUCAUGUUUGUAGUAGCCAUAAUCACUGGAUUCUGCAGGUUUGAAUUUAACCUCAAUCCAAUGAUAAAUCUGCUUAUGCACGUUUUAUAUAUAAAAAAGAAGCAUUUGCAGUUUAUGAGAUCGGCUCCCAAAAAAACCUUUUGGGGAAGAUCUCUGUAAAGUGUUUGACCAUCCAAACAAAUCUCUUCAUUUCUGACCAAGUCGCAAUUUAUUUGUAAAUUCAAACUCGUCUUUUUGCAUACAAACUGUAUUCUGACAUUUGAUUUUUGAGCUUGUAUUUUAUUUCUUUAAAAAAAAAAAAAAAGAACUCCAGGUCAUUUUGUGACUCUUAAUGCCGGCAUUAGAAUCAAACUAUUUCUGGAAAAACAACUGCCAUGUAGGUAUGGACAGGAACUUGAAAUAUAUCUGAUUUUUAUGAGAUUUUUUUUUUUAAUUGGUGGACAUUUUAUGGAAACCAUAACAUGACCAAGUAAUACGAUUCUGAUCAUGGUAAAAGUAACUGUAAAAAGCACUUAAAAUAUCAUCUGUUAUUUCAUAUCAAAUGUGUGGCCAAAGUUAAAGCCCCACAAACACAAAUACUGCUUUAAAAAAACAUGACAGUUAUUGAGCAGCAUAUCAGAUGCAAUAUGCAAUUUUGCUACAAAACAAAUAAUAAAGAUUAUUAUUUAGUAUUAAUUUAAAUGCUUUUUAUAAACAAAUUGAAAUCCAAACAGCCUCUGAAGACACAAAACAUAAAGCGAUUAUUUAAAUAUUGGGACAAAUGUUAUUGUCAUUCUUGUCAUCAUACAACUCGUAGUCCAACUUUGUUUAAUAUGUUUUGUCUUUUUUAUUCUACGUUUUUGCUUCUGUUGUGUAUGUAAAAUUACCACCUAAACCUAUAACUAUCUAAUCAAACUACUUUCCUCCAAUGUUGUUUGUAUAGUUGAAAAAAUUAUUGAUAGCAUAGUAACAGUAAAACUACUGGCAGGAGUCGUAAAUAGGGAGUUGUUGCUUCAGUGUGUGGCUAGAUCCUGUUUAUAAGUACAUAUAUACACGCCACUCCAAGGGUUCAAACUUUUAUUAGCUUUGAAAUAUAUGCUGCAUUUGUAUGAUCAAACUUUGUGUGUGUGUUUGUUUAUGUGCUAAAUAUUGGUGCAGAGGUAAAUUUGCGAGAUAUUUAAAUGUUUGUCUCUUUUGGGGGGGUUUACUCUGACUUCUACCUUUUUAAGAUUGCUAUGUGUUUAUUUGAAAUAAACAUGAAA